GCGCUGCUCGGUGGGCGCGUGCCACGUGCAGGCCUAAAGUCCCAAAGAUGGCUGCUGGCCGUGGCCCCGCCCCCUCUGAUCCAAUUUUAAAGCGUUUUUGUCCGAAAUUAAACAUUAAAAAUGCGCAUGCACAUAUUAUGGGGUGACAGGAGGGGACCCGGGCACGUGCGGUCACAGCUGCUGGGGCAAGCGCGCGGGCGGAGCCACGCACGGCGCGUGUCCCGGCUGCAGGCUCUGCAUAGGCUGAGCUGCUGUGGUGCAUGAAAAGCAGGGUAAAAUGAAUUAAAAUGAGUUUUUCUGCUCCAAACCCCCAAAUAGUGGAAGUCUGCAUUAAAGUGGGGCUCCUGCAACCGGCCGGCGGGCUGAGUUUUACAGAAAAAUGGAUUUGAGAGUGCUGCCUCUGAAUAUUCAAAUUGUAAGUAACGCGCAAUCAAAUCAUUGUCAAAUCAUUGAGUUCUAGGGGUUUUAAAUAGUAGGCAUGCAGCGAGAAAAUCUCAAACUAAUAUGUCCCCAGCUAUAUUACAAUAUUGUUGUAUGCUGUGAAGGCGCUGACGGGCGUUUUGGGGCACAUUUUUGGAGACUUUUGCUCAAAUUUCGUUCUUGGCCAUUUUUGCUGAGGCACAAAGGGACGUUGUGGAGUUCCAAAGGUCUUCUCCAGGACUCUUCUGCUGAUAUCUGCCAUAAUGUCUGAAAAGCCAGAGAAGGUGUACCAGGGCGUGCGCGUGAAGUGGACGGUCAAAGACAUGCUGAAGUUCUACAGAGAACAGGCAGCCAGUGGCGCGAGGCUCAAAACGGCCUAUCUGGAGAUGAAGGAGCUGUACGCCUCCAGCGCCCCCGGUGUCCGUGCUGACGCCCCUCCCGCAGCUGCCACUGCCGGCACCCCCAGCUGCGCCCUGCAGCCGCGCUCCGCCGCCCCGCCGGUGCCCGAGGGCGGCAGCAUCCAGAUGCCGCCGUGCGCGUUCAGCGGCGCGCAGGCGCCGUUCGGAGAGGCGCUGGGGUCCAGCUUUGACCCCUGCCCCCGCGCCGCCGCAGGCUACUGCGGGCCGCUCCCACCCUGCUCCCCGCCUCCGUGGAACCACGGCCUCUCGUCGGACGUGGACUUCUACGGGCACGGGAUCACGCGCGAGGGCGAGAGACAGGCCUCCUGCCCCCCCUUGGACCCGCUGACUUUCUGCGCCUCCUCGGACCUCCUCAGCUUCUCUCCGCAGGAUUCCUUCUCCUCUUCCUCCUCCUCAUGCUUCGACUCGCCCCCUAGGAUGGGCCCCUGUUUCAGCCCCGCGGAUUUCUACCACUACCCCCACUUUGAGCCCCCUCAGGACUGCGAAGCUGCCUGCUGGCAGCAGGAGAGCCUGCCUGCCCCCGAGUACACGACAUACUACCCCCCCACAGACUAUCCCUACAUCUGUCCCCCCGAGGACCCUUACUGGAGGAGGGACUGAGCUCGGAGCUGUCCUCCGUUGAUAUUAAUGACUGUAACCCCCCCACACGCACACGUUUUGUUGGACUAUUUUUCUGUUUUUAUUUGCAGCUUUAUUUUCAUUUAUGUAUCUGUUGUGCUGAAUAAAUGUGUCAAAAAACGUGAAGCAAGUGUUUCUGUGAGAGGGCCCCCUGGGGGCCACAGGGGUCUCCGGUCUGACUCCUGCAGCAGGACGUUUUACGGCCACAAAAACAGCAGCAGCAGCUCCGUCUGCUUCCCUCUUCCGUGUGUGAUUCCAUGCAGGAUCAACCUAAGUCCAGGCACACGUCUGUAGCGCCCGGAGACCAUCUGUGUCGGGGAGGUUCUCUGACUAAAGCUCUGUUCUGUUCAAAUGUGGGCGUGGCUUCAUCUGCAAAUGUUUACUCCAGAACUUGACAGUAAAAAACUAGACCUGGUGGUUAGCUGAGCCAUGCAGAUCAGACUGAUAGAAUAAAAGUUUGAUCCUCGUGAUGUUGAAAUUUAA